GAGAAGAUGGGGGGAAAAAGACAACUUGAAGGAGGGGCAGAAGUGGAAGGGAAAAAGAAAGGUAUGUGACUGUCUGAUACAGUGAAAGUUCAGAGCGAGAAAGUGAAGAGGAAGGAGGCAAAGAGAAUAAAGGCACAGAAAAAGGGAAAGAGACAUCAUAAGAGAGGAGAAGCUCUGACUCAAAAACGUCCUGUCAUGAGUUCUGCCACAGCAGCUAUGCACCUGCUCUGUCAUGUGCUAUUCUUCACAAUGAGCCUACACCUUGGUGUCGUCGCGGGUGGAAGAGCCCAGCGUAAACAGAGGCAGGCUGAAGAGAAGUUAAGGCCUUAUCUGGGCAGAGUGGACCCAGAAUCACUAUGCCAGUUGUUGAAAUGUCACAGUCCUGUUGGUUCCUGGUGCCAAGUAGUGAAGGAGGGAGGCCUUUUUGUACCAAAAUGUGUGUGUCCACACACCUGCCCUCGGCAGGGGGCAGCAGUGUGCAGCGUUCUAGGGAAGACAUACGGCAACGAGUGUCUACUUCACAAGGAGGCCUGCAGCAAAAAACAACGCAUUGGCAAGGCACAUAGUGGAGCUUGUCUUAGUAGGAAUUCACACAAAUUGAGCGAAGCAGAGUGCUCUGUGGAAGAGUUCGGUCAGUUCCCGUACCGUCUCCUGGACUGGUUUUUAUUGCUCAGCAGAAUGGGAAAGAGAUACACUCCAGUUGCACCCUCACAAAGCUGCCUUUCACACACACAACGGACUCAGCUUGCACAGAGAAGGUUUGUUUUGUUGGACCGUAACAGGGACGGGAAGUUAAGCAGGAGAGAUCUAAGAAAGCUACACUAUAAGCGAAUGCCACUGGAGCACUGCGCUCAAAGAUUCUUCCAGUCAUGUGACAAGAACAAAAAUAAGAAGGUGACCCUGAGGGAGUGGACUUCCUGUUUGGUUAAUCGUUCAGAGCGCUGGUUUCAGGAUUUCAUGUCCAUGAAGAUGGGCUCACCAAAGUUAUGUCCUGUGCCAGAAAAUAACCUUUGAUCGCAGACGUUUUAGCUGGGUGGCAUCAUAUUUUCAGCUGUUCAUAGAGUACUGAUGGAACAGUACAAAUUCCUGAUACGAAACACUGCUGAUGAUCAGAAUCUGGAAAUAUUUGAUUCCAUCCAAUGGGAUAUGAUUCUACUAGGUUCUAUUUUAUCAGAGAUAUUAAAUACAUUUUCAAGACAGAUAUCAAUUCAUAUGCUUUAAACAAAUAGUACAUAAUAAACAU